CGGAAAUAUGGAAAAUUCAUACGCCUUAAAGAUGGCGGGAGAAACAUGAUUGUAUAUUAGAGAGCAAGUUAUCACUGUAGAAGAAGCAAUCUCCUGAAUAUUUGCCCUCAGCACAAAUAAUGGAAUAUUCACCUGGCAGAGAACUAAGAAAUCGUGUCAGACAGUCUCCAUCCUCAUCACCAGCAGCAACAAGUCAACGUAUCAGGUCACCACAUUCCUCCCCAUCACAACCAGGAAGUAGUUUAUUAAAUGGUGCAUUUAAGCUUAAAACUACAACAACUAACAGGUUAGAUGUAGAAACUGCAGGACAUACUAAUCCUACAGUUAUAAAUGUUGAAAAUGGUGGUUUUGGAAAUCAUUCCCUAGGGUCAUCAGCUCAAAACCUACAGGAAAAUCAAAGUUCAUUUCACUCCAAUAACAUUUUUAUUGACAGUUUAACAAUGGAUAAUAUAGCAAAAACUGGGACUAUCCAGACCAGUUCAUUAGAUAUUAAUUCAAACAUGAGUCUCUUUUCAACAGUUUCAGUAGCUUCAUCUUAUGUUGGAACCUCAGUUUCAGGACUUUCUGGACGAAGAAGUAGGAAGCAAAGUAGCCCAAAGAGAGCCAGAACUGCAUCUAAUAGUCCAGUUCAAACAAAAUCAGUUCAACCACCACUGUGGGAUGAAAAAUUAGAGUCAACACCUAAAAAUGCCAGAAAACGUCCUCGGAAAAUUUGCUAUGUUGCUUUAGAUGACUCUCCAGCUUCAUCUCUAAUAGAUCUCACAAAUGACUGUUCAAGCAGUGAAAAAUCAACUCCAGUAGGUUACAGCCCAUUAGGUUGUAGUCCAAAAUCAUCAAUUAAAAAAGGCAGAGCAGGGAAUCAAAUGAAUAAGGCGAGUCCAAGCAGGGCUACUAAAUCUAGCAUAUCAGAUGGCACACAACCUUCUAAAUUUUUAUCACCAAAAGCCAUCAAAUUGACAGAUAAAUCUUCAAGCCCAAGGGCAGUUUGGAAACCUUUAAAUGUAGAAGUUUUCAAAGACUGUAAUAGAAUUGUAACCUGCAGUCCAAAAGCUGAAAGGUCAAGUCCAAGAAGAGGACGUCAAAUUGAUAACAUCAGAAGCAGACCUUCUCCAUUGAGAAAUAGUCCUAGAACAAUAGGUAAAAACAGUCCUAAAAUGUCAAUGUCUCAGGCAGUAAGUAAUAAUAAGAGAAAAAGAAGACAAAUGGAAAAUUUAGAAAGUCCUAAUCCCAAGAGAUCUAGAAUCAUUAGUCCAGCAAGUGUAGAAUCUGAAUUAGUAAACAGUCCCAGGCGUAAUCUUGUACGAGCAGCAAAAGAAAGUCCAAAAAGUUAUAAGGAUUACUCUCCAAAAAACUUGAAAUCUGAUCAUGAACUUUCUCCGAAGAAAUCCCCUCAGCAUCUAAAAUCAAAUGCUGAUGAAGCUGAGCGAAAAAUCUCACCAGUUUGCAGAAAAUUGAACAACGAGAGUCCAGGGAAAAAAAUUAUGAAUAUUUCACCAAAUAGCUCACCAUCAAAGAAAUCACCUAAUAGUUCACCAUCUAAAAAUUCACCCAGUAGUUCUGCAGCUAAGAAUUCACCUACAAGUUCUCCUAGUAAAACAUCGCCCAAUAGCUGUCCAUCAAAAAGAUCGCCAAAUAGUUUUAUAGAUACUUUUGUAAAUUUUGUUGUUCAGUGUAAAACAGUGGUGAAGAAAACAAGUACAGAGGUAUCUGAUAAUGAAAAUGUUAAGACUUCACCAAAAGUAAAGACAAUUGAAAAAGUAGAUGGUGAAGCUGAAAGUCAUUCUAGUCCACAGAAUACUCAGGUUGGAAAUUCUGACAGUGAGGCUAUAACGAAAGGAACCAAUACUUUGAUAAAAGGACCAACAUCUCCUAAUCUGGAUCUCAAUCAGCUAACUGAAAUUUGUUCUACAAAAAAUAACAGUCCACUUAAACCACAAGCAGGAAGUCCAGUCAAGGUCAAAGUAGAACCAGCAACUCCAUCUUCUGAAACAAAUGAUCCGUCCUCUUCUAAUUUCAGCUUUGAUGAACAAUUGUUGCAUCCAGAUAGUGCCAAAUUACAAGAAGAUAAAGCAAAUAGGAGAAUUGUUCGACCAAGAAAACCUGUAGGAAGGCAGAGGAAAAGUUCGGGAGGAAAUAGAGGCAGACCUUCCAGUGGAAAGAGGAAGAAAGUGAUGUUGAGUCCAUGUAAAUUUCAAAUUAACCAGGAAGUUCUGGCUAGAUGGUAUGAUGGUCUGUUCUAUCUAGGAACUGUCUUUAAGGUAGAUGAGCGUGGAAGAAAAUGUUAUGUAAGAUUUGAGGAUGAUUCUGAAUAUUGGAUAUUGUUCAAAGAUCUACAGAAAGGUGCAAAUGAAGGAGAUGUCAGUUGUUGUUUAUGUCAAACAGAUGUAUCAGAUAAACCCAAUGAAAUAGUUCUCUGUGACAACUGUGGACUAGGCUAUCAUCAGGAAUGUCACAACCCUAAUAUUUCUGCAGAUGUAUUACAACCAGAUGUGGAAUGGUGUUGCCGCCUCUGUGUAUUUGCUGCUGCUGUUAAGAAAGGUGGUGCCUUGAAGAAUGGACCAGAUGCGAAAGCAUUACAAAAAAUGAAGCAAACAUUCCCAUAUGAUAUACACAAAUUAACCUGGGAUGCUCAGCACAAGACAAAUGUUGAACAGUGUUACUGUUAUUGUGGAGGCCCUGGAAGCUGGUUCCUAAAGAUGUUACAAUGCUGUAGAUGUAGACAAUGGUUUCAUGAAGCCUGUAUACAAUGUUUAGAAUACCCUCUAAUGAAUGGUGACAGAUUUUAUUUAUUUGUUUGUUCCCAUUGCAACACUGGACCAGAAUACAUCAAAAGACUAGAUUUAAAAUGGGUGGAUGUAGUACAUUUAACUCUAUACAACCUAACAAUAGAAGGCAGAUGGAACAAAUUCUUUGAUGUUGAUACCAUCGUUGAAUUCAUCACCAGUAAUUUGGAAAAUCUACAAGUAAAUUCUUUAUCAGCUGACAAGGACAGUUUACGAGAAAAAGUUGUUAACUCUUUGAAUGGAUAUAAAUCAAGAUUUACUAAUCAGAAGGAGAACAGAAAGAAGCCUAUGGGUAAACCAUGUUUUGGUCUACGAGUAAGGAUACCACCACCUGCACCUAUGGUCAUGUUGCCUCACACAGGUCAGGUCAACCAUGAAGUGAUGAUGUCAUACAAAGAAAAAGGCAAAAACUUUAAAUGUUUUAUGCCUUCACAGUGUACAUCACCUGUAUGCUUGCCAUGGCAGAGCAAACAGAAAGGAUUAGAAAUUGAUGUUUCAAUAGCAUUCAAGUCAGACAAAGUACGCAGGAAUCUUCUUCAGUCGGCAUCUGGAAAUCAAGAGUACAAAGGUUAUGACAGUGAAAACUCUGUACCUACAGAUAUAGUAGCCAAUCAGCAUGCUCUAGAGGCUCUGAUACCGCCACCCAAAAACUUUGAUGGUUUCAAUCAUCCAUUUAAACAUUUCUUUGAACAAGAAGAAGAACUUGCACAUCAUAAACGAAAAAAUGAAAUUAUUAAUUAUUUGUUUAUGGAAUACGAGAGUGAUCUUGUGUCACAGAGUUCUGUCGAGUCAGCUGUUUCAUCGGUUAAAGACGAUCCAACUAAGGCCAUACCGACUCCACCACCAUCGAUCACCUCAGGGAAUUCUAAAGUAGAGAUAAAGAAUAUUAUAAAGUCUCGUGGACGUAAGCGUAAAGCAGUGGACACACCCACAGAGCCUAUGAGGCAGAGUAAGCGGAAACGAGUUACUACAUCAUAUUUUAAUGUUCUAGAUGUGCAAACAAUAGAAAGUGUGAAAUCUGAGCCUGUUAAUAUGGCUCAGAUAAGAAAUAAUAUGUGUCAGUACUUUGGAGCAGCUGAUCGUCUCAAAAAAGGCGAGAAAUACAAUGUGUUUGGUAAACAUGUCACUAACGAUGGGAAAACAAAGUAUUUAAUUCAGUGGGAAGGUUUACAGACCAAAUGAUGAAACUCUGCUUUUAAAUGUACAUUUAAUGAAUAUAGAUAUAUAUUUCAUUACUUUUUGUCAAUAAUGCUUAUUGCAUGAAAUUUGUGAAAUUUUUUGAUUUAGUUAAUUACAAAAACAAAAUAGCUUUCAGUAAUCUGAUUAAACCUGAAGAAAUUAUCCAAAUAUUUUGAGUUGUUUAGAUGUAUGAAAAUGAUGUAAAAUUAAAAAAUCAUGCUAUAGCAUGCAAUGGCUGUAAAAGGAGAUUGUUUAUAAAUAUAUAAUGGAUAUCAUUAUUUAGAUUUGCACAUGCAAAAACUGAAUGAAGCAUAUUCUAAAUGCUUAAAUGAAUUGCAAGUACUUUGAGCAUAUACAGGUUUUGAGCUGACUUCAUGUACUUAUUGUAAUUGUACUUUAAAACUUGUUAGUAUGAACAUUACUGAUUUGUUAAAGGUGAUUACAAAAUGAUUCAGUUAUUUGAGUUCUACAAAAAUAAUUUUCAAUGAUUUCAGAGUAUAUGAGUAAUUUUAUGAAAAUUCUAUCUAUUAGAAAUACAUAUUGAAAGCUGUAUCAAUGUUGGGUGUUUUGAUUCAUUAUUGUCUACGUCACAAAUAUUAUUUGUUUUUUUAUUAUUACUUUUAUUCAGAAGAGCACUCUUAUUUGAUAAUACUUUGUUAAUAUUUUCAACAUUUAAAAAGUAACACUGAUUUGUCAUUAUAAGCUACUAUUUUUCAUUAUAUUUAUAUAUUUUCAUGUUUAAAAGUUCAUAUAUAUUUAUUGAAGUUUGAUAACAUAUAUGACAACAAGGGUCCUAAAACAUUAAUUUUACCUGUCCUGAAAAUUCUUAGGGGCUACAAUUAAUUUCAGUGUUAACGCAAGGAAAAAGAAAAUUAAACAUGAAAGUUUACAAAGAUCUGAAACUACCACUAGUUAUUGUAUGGUAAUUCAAAGGGCCUUAGAAGUUAUUGUUUGAUGCUCCUUGGGAUAUCUAUGGUGCAUUAAUAACUUGUGACUUCUGAAACCUUGAAUUAAAGCUUUUUAAGCCAACGUUAUAAGCAUGGUACUUUUGAUACAUAUUAAUGUAUGCCAAUUCACAUGUCCAAAAAAUCAGAAUCUUAAUUGUCUUGCUUAUUCUUAAUUAUCAUGCAAAUUUGUUCUUUAUUUUAAAUGUCAGCAACUUGGAGAAGGCAGCCAAAUUUUUACACAUUCUCAGUUGUAUGAGAACUAGAUCAUAUUAUGUGGUUCAAUCCAAGGAACAGGAUUGUUUUAUAUCCUGAAUAAAAUUUUGAGUGUUAAUGUAAUUUAAAUAAUGUAAAUUAUUGUUCAUAUGUACAGUUUGUUUGUUUACUGAAAAAUCCUCCCUGAUAAAAAAUAUGCCAGAUACUUGUGUACAUUCAUAGAUUGGAAUAGGUAAUAUUUGUAUUCAUGCCUUAGUGUUAUGUCAAUAUUAAUAGCAUUUAAGUACUUUACAGCAAAAAUGUGUCGCUUAUCACUUUGACAUGUACUGAUAUUUCAUGAUUUUACAAUUUUGAAGUAAAAGUUAUUUUUAAAAAAGUAGAGGGGGUAAUGAAACACUUUUAAAAGUCUCUUAAUUUGUUUCCAAGUUUUUUAGAGUUCAAAUAAAGUACCAUGUAACACAUAUUUAGAUACUUUUAAAGAUGCUGCAAUCAGUUCUUUAAUGUAUUUCUUGAGAAAGUACUGAGAAUACAAAAAAAUAUAAGUUUUUAUUAUUUUUGUACAUAAUUUACGUUUUAUCUGGCAUAUUUUCGAUCUGGCUAUCAGUCUCUGGGAACCCCAAUGUGUUCACUGUGUAUAAUGUUAAUUAUUUUUGUACAGCAAUUUUUUGAAAAGUUAUGUAUACAACUUCUUUAUCAUGAACAAAUGUGAUAAAUGGUUGCUAUGGUAAUACAUUUAUUUUGUGUAUAUAUAAAUAGUUUUAGUGCUACCAAACUUUCUGUUGCAAAUCUAAAUAAAAAUACAUAUUUUUUUAAAUCAGUUUGAAAUAGGGAGUUGUUAUUGGAGUAAAGAUAUCAAAUUUGUUGGUUUAAAAAAUUAGUUGAUUGGGAAAUUAUAGCUUGUUUGUCUUUGAUGUAUAUUUCUUUAAAUAGUAUAUAUGUAUUGUUGCCUUAAAUCUAAUGUUUACUUCUAUAAAAAGUAUAUAUGUAUUGUUGACUUAAAAAAAAAAAUGAAAGUUUUAAGAAGAAAGAUAAUUGUUUGUUUAGAUGUAAAAGUGGAGUAUUCACACUUAUUUGUUGAUAGUUGAAAAGUUUAAAAGCUUUUGAAAUAAGGGCAAUAGUAUACAAGUUUUAAUUAGAUUUUCAUAGAAAUUUAUCUAGGUAUGUUUGUCUAUCAUGAAAGGAGAACAAAAUAUCUUUAUACUUCAGGUUCACAUGCUAGAUUUUGAUUGGCUAAUACAAGGGAGAUAAUUUACACUAUCCUUUUUCUGAACAGAAGUUUAUGUAUUAUAUUAUUUCCAAGUGAAUUGUUAAAAAAAAUUUGUUCAUACAUAAGUCUUGCCCGGUAUUGGAAAUUUUGUUAGAUUCUGUAAUAUAAAAGGAAGAAAAAAUAAAUGUUUUGAAAAUGUGAUACAAAUAUAAUAGAACUAGCUAUAUAUAUGAUAUGUGUGAAUUUUAUAGAAAUAAUAGUUAUAUUAAAAUUCAGAACUUUAUAUAUUAUUGUAAUAUAAUAUCCAUCUGACGUUUAAUUGUUAAACUAUUUUUAAGUAGUUUGAAAUGUUAAAAGAAUUUGGUAUUUUACUAAAAUUCUUUGUAAUUUCUAUGCAACACAACUUAUUGUGAUAGUGGCAGCAUUUACCGAUUUCCGAGACUCAGCUCAAUAAGUGAAGAUUACCUUCUGAUUAUUUGUUCCAUUUUUGAAAAUAUUAGCACUAAAUUGACAUAAUUUUUGUGCAAUAUCAAUUAUAGUAAAAUAAUGUUAAGAUCUUCAGUGCUAAUUAAAUCUUUUAGAUAUUUCUUAUGAUUUAACUUUAAACCACUCAAAAACAUUUGACAAAGUGAGCAAAACAGGCACAGGUGUGCCUCUUGUUGAAGACAGGAUGAAAAUGUGAAUUUCUGGUUUUAAUUGUAUAUUAAAAAAUUGCUUUCCUGUUAUUUUAAAUAUUUAACUCUGAAACAGUCUUAUAUUAUUUUCUGUUUGUCACUGUUAAUUCUUAUUUUAAUUCUGUUUUAUAGAUGUACAUAUAUGUUUUAAUUAUUGUAAAAAAUGUAACUUUUAAAAGUGUUUCUUUGACCUUGUUAUUUUAGAUCAGUUAAGAGUUGGUUAUACAUGUACUCUGAUUUUAAAGAUCUAUUUAGAUAUUCAUGCUUCCCACAGAUCCCUGACAGGGGUGGGAAAACUUGAUAAAAAGUAGUCCCAAAUUUGGAUUGUUGAAGGGUCACAAGAUUAAAUUCUAUACAUCAUGUGGCAUGGCAGGCAAUUCAUUAAUAACAUGUACUUCAAUCUUCAAUUAUGCAAUAAUAUAACAAGUAAAAAAGGAAUUUACAAAAACAUUGGUCAGUACAACAGACAUUACCUACAACCCCACUCCUGGCUUCUCUAAAAAAAAAUGUACAAACAACAAAUUAUUGUCCUGACUUUGUACAGACAUGAAACAUUAGGUUAAACCAGUUUCUACAGGAAGCCAGCCAAAGUAGCUAUAGGGUCUGACUGAAUACUGGAACUGAAGAAGUAAAAAGUCAAAGUUUUUUAAUGAAAUAGAAUUAAUGUUUUAUUGAGUUUUCAACUCAUAAUCACAUCUCUACAACAAAUUAAGGCAUUAUGUCAAGGUCACAAGACCAGCUUUUUUCAAUGGCCUAUAUAGGAAAUAGACAUUUUUAAUCUCAAAAUCUGAAGAAAAAUAUUUGCUUGUCCUAUUAUCUGUGGGUAUCAUGUAUUUUGAAAUGGAACUUGCCUAAAGAAUUAUCAAACUGAUUUUUGUAUCAAAUUUCCUCGUUUUUAUGUAAUGUCUCUUGCUCACAAUCACAACAGAAGGUUGAUUUCAAGUUCUUACAUUAUCCCUAUAAUGUAAGUAUUCAUGUGUUGUUCUUUGACUAUAUAUAGAAACUCAUUUUCAUAAUGAAAAAAAGAUAUUUUAAACAUAUAACUUGUAUAACAAAUUAUUU